GCCACAGUCAAAAGUUUAUUCUCCAGCUGAAGCAGGGCAAACAUGAUCUGGCCGCGGCAGGCAAGGGUCGAUUCUCCAGCUCCGAGAUUUAUUCGCUGGUUUGAAAACAGGACAUCACGCCGUACCGCCAGGAUCUUUGCCAAUAUAACGGCUCAUUGCUGUCCUGGGCCGCCAUCACUAGUGAUUGCAUGGGACCCGCCCGGGCGGCUGAAGCACAAGGCCUGCGGCCUGCUUCAGUCUCGAAGUGCCUCACCUACUGCCAAGUGGUGUGCAACUCAUCGACGAUCGGACGGUCCAGAACCGAGACGAGUAGUAAUAGAUGAGCGAGGCGAGGUGAAUGAGCAGGAAACUUCACCGCCGACGAGGAAAGAGGUGGGGUUUCUGUGGCGAUUUGAGCUCCCAGCGAAUCAAUUCUUGGAUGCCCGCCUCUGCCCUUUCCGCACUGGAUUGCGCUCCAACCAGUUGAGCGGCCGAGGCAUUCGCGUUCCCUGUCACCCUUGCUAGCGACACUCCUGCUCCACGAGUAUUGCAGAGAUCGCAACAACCGCAACAAUUUUCUCCUGCUCCCUGACGAUCGUUUCUGUAUCCUCGUAAAUAUGGGAACGGCAUA